AUCCGGAUCUCCAGCAGCUUUCACUCCAGCUCGGUUAGGGUCAAGAUGCGAUUCUCCUUUGCAGCCCUGUCGUCGGUCUUGCUCGCGUCGAGUGCUGUGCUGGCUACCACGCCUUUGAAGAACCAUGCCGACCAGUUCAGGAAGCGAAUGGACAAGUACGGUCCCAAACCACGAACAAUCGAGGAGAAAACUCCCCUCGUGAAACGCAGCAGCAAUGAGAGGAAGCCUUCUCCCUAUGCCACCGACAGAGCCCAGCAUUUCGUCGUUAAUAGCACCGGUUUCCCCGACAUUCCUUUCGACAUCGGCGAGAGCUAUGCUGGUCUCCUGCCCAUCUCUGACGACCCGUACGAGACCCGCAAGUUGUUCUUCUGGUUCUUCCCCUCCGAGAAUCCAGCCGCGAGCAAGGAGAUCACGAUCUGGUUCAACGGCGGUCCGGGCUGCAGCAGUCUGUCCGGCUUCCUGACGGAGAAUGGUAAGUUUACGUGGCAGGCCGGCACGCUGGCUCCGGUCGAGAAUCCUUACUCCUGGACGAACCUGACAAACGUCAUGUGGGUCGAGCAGCCCGUCGGCGUCGGCUUCACGCAGGGCGUUCCGAACAUCACGAAUGAGGUUGAGCUUGGCCUCGAGUUCAUCGGCUUCUACAAGCAGUUUGUCGACACGUUCAACGCGCACGGCAACAAGGUGUACCUGACUGGCGAAUCCUACGGCGGCUUCUACGUCCCAUACAUUGCCGAUGCGUUCAUCACCGCAAACGACACAGACUACUACAACCUGAAGGGCAUAGCAAUCAACGACCCCAUCAUCGGCGACUUUGCCGCGCAAGAGGUGGUCGUCGCUGUUCCGUACGCAGACUACUGGGACAAGAUUUUCUUCCUAAAUGAAACGCACAAACAAGGGAUCCACGAACAGCAUGAGGUUUGCGGCUUCGCCGAGUACAUGGACAAGUACUUCAGAUUUCCCCCGCCGCAGGAAGCCUUCGUGCUACCCGCGCAACUGGACAACGAAACCCUCAACUGCGACACCUUCGACACCAUCUACACCGCCGCCCUCGCCGUCAACCCCUGCUUCAACAUCUACCACAUCACCGAAACAUGCCCGCACCCCUACUCCCAGCUCGGCAUCGUCAACGCAGGCGACUACAACCCGCCCAACGCAGUCAGCUACUUCAACCGCACCGACGUCCAGGCCGCGCUCAACGCCCCCAUCGGCACAAACUGGCAGCAAUGCACCGCAACCGUCAACGUCUUCGGCGGGCCCACAAACAACAAGAACCUCACCGACACCUCCGUCGGCCCCGCAAACAACGGCGUCCUCGCCCGCGUCAUCGAACACACAAACAACACCUUCAUCGGCUCCGGCGACCUCGACUUCCUCCUCAACACAAACGGCACCCUGCUCGCCAUCCAGAACAUGACCUGGCACGGCCUCCAAGGGCUCCAGCAGUUUCCAAACACCCCGCUGUACUCCCCCUACCACCCUGAUCCCGACGGCGGUGCCCUCGCAGGUGCUGGUACCCUCGGUACCUGGGGCCACGAGCGCGGCCUGACGUUUUACCGCACCCAGCUUGCUGGCCAUGAAUUGCCCGGCUUUACCCCUGGUGCGGCGUACCGGGUGCUGGAGGUUAUGCUGGGCCGGGUGGGCUCGCUGAGCGAUAUUAGCGAUUUUACGACGCAGGAUGGCAUGGGCGAUUUUAAUCGUGUGCAGGAUGGUGGGUCGGCGAGGCUGAGGAGUCGUGAGUUGUGAGGACUGGGGCGUUGGAUUGGAAGGGAGGGGGGGUUGUUAUAUAAUGAUGGGUGGAUGGGUUGAUAGAUUGAUAGAUGGGUGGAUGGAAGACUGGCUACGGUAAUCUAGUGUGUAUACGUGUAUACCAAUCAUGUCCAUACACACAAAUUCGUUGGCGGGGUCAGUCAGGACCUCGCGGGAGACGGCGGGGUUGGUAAUGGUACUGGCAAUGGUCCUAAUGGAUAAUGGGUAAUGAAUAACAGGUAAUGAAUAACAGGUAAUGAAUAACAGGUAAUGGUAAAAGACUGACAACGACACAUCAAUAAUACGUCGAGUAUA